AGCGGUGUGCAUGUGUCGUUUGUUCAGUGCAAUCGCGAGUGUUUCGUUAUCAUUAAAAAAAAACUUCUCUUAAAUAUCCUCUGGAUUACUGCUGAGACUUCAGCGUUUAAAAAACGAACGAACAGCCCUAUGUCGCGAGGCGUACACAGCUCUAACUAAAGCACUAGCGCACAGCACUCAUCAUGUCGUCCAAGGCGAUACGCGAGGCCACCGGCAAAAACCUCAUAAACAGGCAUAUAGCGUCAGGCACGGCGCUGGUGCCCUGCAGGUUCGCCACCUUCGAGCAAAGCACUAUCUGGGAAGACGAGCUGGGAAAGAAUCCAUGGCUUACGAAAGAGCAACUGGUAGUGAAGCCCGAUCAGCUAAUCAAGCGUCGCGGCAAGCUCGGCCUGGUGGGCGUGAACAAGACAGCAGCUGAAGUCCGCCGGUGGCUCAGCGAGCAUAUGGGAAAGGAACAGACAGUGGGAGCCGCGCAGGGAAAGCUACGGCACUUCAUUGUAGAACCUUUUGUCAAGCAUGAACCGAACGAAGAGAUGUACCUGUGCAUCCAGUCAGGCCGUCGCACUGACACAAUCCUGUUCCACCACCAGGGCGGUGUGGACGUCGGCGACGUCGACGCGCUCGCCGUCAGGCUUGAGGUACCCGUUGAUACAUUCCCGACUAGCGAAGAAGUUGAACGAACUUUGCUGAAAAACGUCAAAUUAGCGUCCAUUAAGAGAAUACUCACCACCUUCAUACUGUCUCUCUACCGGGUCUACGUAGAUCUCUAUUUCACCUACAUGGAAAUCAACCCUAUAGUGGUGACCAACGAGCGUAUAUACCUCCUCGAUCUAGCCGCCAAGUUGGAUCAGACGGCUGACUUCAUUUGUGCCAAGAAUUGGGGUGAAAUUACCUUCCCUCCCCCCUUUGGACGCGAUGCUUAUCCUGAGGAGGCACAUAUUGCUGAUUUGGACGCCAAGAGUGGAGCCAGUUUGAAGUUAACCAUUCUGAACAAGUCGGGUCGCAUCUGGACCAUGGUCGCUGGAGGCGGCGCGUCGGUCGUGUACACGGACACCAUUUGCGAGCUCGGCGGCGCGGCGGAACUGGCCAACUACGGAGAAUACUCCGGCGCACCCACUGAAAGCCAGACCGCCGACUAUGCCAAGACCAUCUUCAGCUUAAUGUGUAGAGAGAAACAUCCCAAUGGAAAGGUUCUCAUAAUCGGCGGCGGCAUCGCGAACUUCACAAACGUGGCGGACACUUUCCGUGGCAUCAUCACCGCCAUCGAGACGUAUAAGGACGCGCUUAUCCAAUACAACGUCACCAUCUUCGUGAGAAGGGGCGGACCCAACUACCAAGAGGGACUUAGACAAAUGCGCGAAGUUGGACACCGGCUCCGCAUCCCGUUGUACGUGUUCGGGCCAGAAGCCAACAUGACUUCUAUUGUUGGACUGGCUUUGGGCCAGUGCGUCAUUCCAAAAGAGCAUCAGUUGGACUACGCUCCCAAACAGCUGCCUAAACCACAGCCCUAUCCCAAGCCAAAGCUAGAGAUUCCAGAGUUAACCCACAAGCUUCUUGAUUUGGUGUGCUCUGAGUCGCCAACGCGACUGGAUCUGGGCCAGCAGGUGUCUACUGCCAGACCGCUAUUUAACGACAGGACGAAAGCCAUCAUUUGGGGCAUGCAGAAUCGAGCUAUACAGGGCAUGUUGGACUUCGAUUAUAUCUGCCGACGUGCAGAACCUUCGGUGGUGGCAAUAGUGUACCCCUUCACGGCAGAUCAUAAGCAGAAGUAUUACUUCGGAAACAAGGAAGUUUUUAUACCUGUGUUCUCCGACAUGGAUGUGGCUAUGAGGAAACACCAGGAAGCAACAGUGUUGGUCAAUUUCGCUUCUCUACGAUCUGCCUAUGACAGCACAAUGCAGACGUAAUUCCACGUACUUUUGAGGUCGGUUUUUUUAGUACUCUGUGCUGAGAUUAUUUCUUAUUAUCCUUUUUCAUUCCCAAAGGUAAAUAUCAUUGGCCCAGCUACUGUGGGCGGUAUCAAACCAGGCUGCUUCAAGAUUGGCAACACAGCCGGCAUGAUUGACAAUAUUAUUGACAGUAAGCUGUACAGGCCAGGCAGCGUGGCGUAUGUCUCUCGUUCAGGCGGUAUGAGCAACGAGCUCAAUAACAUCCUGUCGAAGGAGGCCGACGGCGUCUGCGAGGGAGUCGCCAUCGGUGGUGAUCGCUACCCUGGAACCACAUUUAUCGAUCAUUUACUCAGAUUCGAAGCGGAUCCGAAUGUGAAAAUGCUUGUACUCCUAGGCGAAGUAGGCGGAGUAGAGGAAUACCAUGUGUGCAGAGCCAUGCGGGAUGGCAUCAUCAAGAAACCCAUGGUCGCAUGGUGCAUCGGAACUUGCUCCGAUAUGUUCACAUCGGAAGUGCAGUUCGGGCAUGCGGGUUCCCUGGCCGGCUCCGCGUUAGAGAAGGCCGUCGCCAAGAACGCCGGACUCAAGUCCUUUGGUGCCACGGUGCCGGAGUCGUUCGACUCCCUAGGGACAUCCGUUCGAAAGGUGUACGAGAAAUUAGUAAACGAAGGGAAGAUUAUCGUUAAAGAAGAGAUCGAGCCUCCGAAAGUACCAAUGGACUACGAUUGGGCGAGGAAAUUGGGUCUCAUUCGCAAACCAGCUGCGUUCAUAAGCACGAUCUGUGACGAACGUGGGCAAGAGCUUUCGUACUGCGGAGUGCCUAUCACGCAGAUCCUCGAGAGACAGCUAGGCGUUGGCGGAACCAUCAGUCUGCUUUGGUUCCAGCGGGAGCUACCAGAUUGGGCGUGUAAAUUCUUCGAACUUGUUCUAAUUGUGACCGCCGACCACGGACCUGCUGUUUCCGGCGCACACAACACCAUGGUCACGGCGAGAGCCGGCAAGGACCUCAUCUCUUCAGUUGUCAGUGGGCUGCUUACAAUUGGUGACAGAUUUGGUGGAGCGCUGGAUCGCGCGGCGGCAGAUUUCUGUGCCGCGUACGAUAAGGGUCAGCACCCGCAGGAGUUUGUCAAUGAGAAGAGAGCUAAGGGUGAACUCAUCAUGGGCAUCGGACACAGAGUGAAGUCAAUAAACAACCCGGACUCGCGCGUGCGCGAAUUGAAGGCGUACGUGACGUCCCGCUGGCCGGCGUGGCCCGUGACGCGCUACGCGCUGGACGUGGAAGCCAUCACCACCCGCAAGAAGCCCAACCUCAUCCUCAACGUGGACGGCAUCGUCGCCUGCGCCAUGGUUGACAUGCUGCGCCAUUGUCAGCUGUUCACACAGGAAGAAGGAAACAACUACAUCCAAAUGGGCUCAAUCAACGCACUAUUCGUCUUAGGCCGAACUAUCGGCCUUGUCGGGCAUUACCUCGACCAGAAGCGCAUGAAGCAGCCCCUGUACCGCCAUCCGUGGGACGAUAUCACCUAUAUGAGCCCGUUAAACUAAAACUUCAGAUAUUGAGAGCGGACCUUUUUAAGUUGUCACUUAAUUUGGCAUUGGUUUUUUUUUAUUUAUUUAUUUGCUCAUAUUACAAUAAUUUAUUAUCUAAGUACCAGGCAGUCUUAAACCUAAAGGGUUUGUUUGAGUGUUGCUCUAUUCGUAAUAUUUAUACACACAUAAUCUUAAACAUAUAGACAACAUUUUGUUUAUACAAAGACUUAUGUAAUACAAAUAAACGUACGUACGUUUCAAUUGUGAAACAACAGCGGACGCAAACUAAGCUUUUGUAUCUACUGUAGUGAAUGAAUUCUAUAGAGAACCUUUGUCCUGCGGUUUAACGACACGCCGCACUGCCCGCUGCCCCAUCAGUCAUCGGGUGCUUGUCAACGCUGGAUCUGUGUCAAAUUUUCUCCACCUGUUCAUAUUUAAAUAUCAUAAUUUUCUGCGCUCCGAUGCCUCCAAAACCUCCUAAAAUCUAGCGUUUGAAUAGCUCGCCUUGAGAUCGGAUGAAAUGGUGGCAAAGGGUGUGUCUAUUUAACAUUAAAAAAAACACAAAUUAUGUAUCUAAAAUUGCGCGUGCAGAAAAACUUUCAGGUCUAGGUAUACUUAAUUUUUUGCGUUCAUCAUAGAGCGUAGUUUGCUUUCGAACGAAUUGAAGCCAAUUUGAAUUAGUAGUCGAUCACAGAUUAGCGAUUAGUUUAGUGUUGCACAAUAUCGUUAUUCUUUUGUUUUUGAGAUUUUGCUCACGAAAACAAGUACUUGGAGUCCGUCUUAUGCUUCAUAGGGUAUUUGACAAGUUAAUUUUUAUAUAAAGACCAAACAAACAAAGGGAAAUUCCUUCGAGCUGACUGCACUGGAACCAGACUGUUUAGUCGCAGUAGAGCUCCUUGUGAGAGUUCGUCAAGGGAAGUACAUAGAUCCGCCAAAACCAAAUACAUAGAUCCGCCAAAAAGCGCAUAGAAAAAUUCGCGAGGUCCGCUGGUUGGUUCCGUGGCUUAGUUGGCAUAGCGUCUGGCACGGUUUGCUAGGGUACAUCGCUAAGCUAGUUGAAAUUACGCAGCUGAAAUUGCACGUGUACUUUGCCUCGAUCGUAAAUCCAUAAUAAGUAUAAAAAAUAUAUAUAUUUUGCGCCCUGACGCGUGAUUGCGCGUACGCAAAUUCAGCAGCGUUUUUUCCGCUAGACAAUUAAGUGACAACUUAAACGUAAUCGAGUUAAGAGUAUAUGAUUUGUAGAUUUUUUUUAAAGCAAUGUUAUUUCUACAAAAAAAGAAAAAACGUACGGUAGGUGUUUUUAAAUAAAUAAAAAAAUGUUAAUAGUUCUAGCUUUAGGGGGUUAUUAAGUGUAGCUGUUUCUCGUGACAAAUGAAAAGGUACUCUAUUUUGUUUAGUAUAAGCAUCAUAAUACUGGUCCCGCCUCUAAAGUGAUUUUUUAAAACUUUUUCUAGCUGCUUUUCUAAGUUUUCAAGCCCACUUUCUACUGCUUGACACAGGUCUCAGUUAUUUUAGAGUAGUAACGAGUUGAAGAAUUUUUAGUAAACGAUUGUAAAUGGCCUAAUGCUCUUUGUUAGUAGACCUGUGUAGAACAGUGGGACAUUAAGGCUAUUAUUAUACUCACACAAAAUCUCGUGUUAAGUGAUGAUAUUUGAAAUUAUACUGUACCCACUCAGCACACGGUUUGAGUGUUUUUCAAAUGAAGCUGUACUAAAUGAAGUAUAGGUAUCCUGUCAUUCCAUUCGUUUAUUUAUGAUACAUUUGUGUUAAGUACAACAAGAUCUGAUGAUGAUUGAAAAUCGUGCAAAAUUUUUAAUAAAAUAGAAAAAA